AUGUCGGAUCUAACAAUAGAAAACAUUAAAUCGCUGCUUUCUGAACAAACUAGCGAUCUUAAGAAAGAGAUUAACGCUAAUACUGCAGACAUAAACCAGAAACUUAAGAAAACUGAAGAAAAGAUUAGUGAAUUGGACAGAAAAUGUAUUUUUCUAGAACGUAAACUCAGGAAGAAUAACAUCAUAAUUUUUGGAUUACUAGCUGAUGAAACCGAUCUUGCUAACAAAACAUUGUCCAGCAUUAAUGAACUGGUUGGUACAAGUUUUUCGUUGGCUGAUAUAAACAAUAUUUACCAAAUUGGAAAAGGUCCACAAAAACCGAUAGUUGUCGAAUUCGUAUCGUUUCUGAAGAAGCUAGAAACCUUCAAAAAUCUGGAUAAAUUGAAAGCCCUCAGAGAGAAAAAGAUCUCAAUCUCUAAUGAUUACUGCGAGGAAGACAGAAGACAACAACAAAUUCUUCGAAAGCACCUUAAAGCUGCUCGCGAAAAUAACGUACCUGCAAAAAUCAAGGGGUUCAAACUGGAAAUAGAAAAUAAUCUCUAUACAGCCAGUGAGUUAGAGAACUCAGGUGAAGACUACGACACGUUAGAAGAAAGUGAUUGUGAAUCUUCAGCUACGGAGAAAGAAACUGAGAAAACAGUAAAGCAGCCUAAAGUAGGGGGGACCAAAACAAAGGGGAGGGGAAAUCAUAAGAAAGUAUUGGAGAAUCGGUCAACUUCGAAUGGGAACAGUAGUAAGAGGAAGACAGAAACCCCAAGCCCUGAGCAAAAAAAUUUUCCAGCACGACGCCUUAGGAAAAAACUGAAAAAAAAUUAA